GUUGAUUUAUUUUUAUCCAUUAUAAUUGAUUGGGAAGGGUGUGAGUUUUUUCGUUGUUUUGAAAUAUAAUGAGGAAGGGUGAUUGGUCAAAGAGUGUAUGCUUGUGUCUAUAUAAGAAGGAAUAAAGGAGAGAUGUAAACCUCAAAGAAGGAAAAGAGAAAAGGUUUUACAAAAAUGGAACCGCUUUCAGCAAAAUCAGCUGCUGGAGGAGCUUUUGUCGUCAAACAAGAGAUCAAUAGAGUUGAAUCUCAUGGUGAUCAAAAUCUUCAAUAUCAUGCUUCCAAGAUAGGAAGAAAUGAAAGACCAUUGGAUGAGAAUGAUGACACACAACGUUCACCUAAACAAGAUCUUAGCUCUGAGAAGCAACAAAAGGUACCGCGGACGACGACAGAUCACGUAGAAAGGUCCUCUACCUCGAUUGAACCCAACUCAAUGGCUGCUCCUAUUACUUCAAUAAUACAAAAUAAAGAACAGGAUGAUCAGCUUGAAUCUAGCAAAGCUGAAUUGGGAGAAAUUAAAGAAGAAAAUCAAAGGUUGAAAAUAUACUUGAGUCAAAUAAUGAAGGACUACCAAACUCUUCAAAUGCAAUUCAACAAGCUUGAUCAAGAAGCAGCUAAUAAGAAGAAGAAAUCUACUGAUAAUAACAAUCAUGAGAAUAAUCUCGAAGCUGAAAUUGAAGAAAGUGAUCUUAUCUCCCUAAGUCUUGGAAGCUUUUCUAAUAAUAAUCCUACCAAAAUAAAUAAUUUUAUGGUCAAGGAAGAGAAAAAUAAAAAUAUUUCCAAAGUUAUUGCUGGUGAUGAUGAAGAAGGCCUUUCUCUUGGAUUGGAGUACAAUAAAUAUCAUCAUCAUGAUCAGCAAGGAUCAAAGUCCUCAGCUGGUACAGGAGGAGAACCCGCGGUGUCAAACCCUAGCGCGGCGAGCAGCUUUGACGAGCAAUUGAUGGUCAACAAGGAAGAAGCCGGCGAAACUUGGCCGCCUAGCAAGGUUUUGAAGACUACAGCCGUGAAGAGAAGUGUUGUAGAAGAUGAGGUUUCACAGCAAAACCCUGCUAAGAAAACAAGGGUUUGCGUAAGAGUUCGAUGUGAUACCCCUACGAUGAACGAUGGAUGUCAAUGGAGGAAGUAUGGUCAAAAGAUUGCGAAAGGCAACCCUUGCCCUAGAGCAUACUAUCGUUGCACUGUUGCGCCUUCAUGUCCAGUGAGAAAACAGGUACAAAGAUGUGCGGACGACAUGUCCAUCUUAAUCACCACCUACGAGGGAACACACAACCACCCACUUCCUGUCUCGGCCACAGCGAUGGCUUCCACCACCUCCGCCGCAGCUUCAAUGCUCCUCUCCGGUUCAACAACCUCCUCCAACUCCGGCAACCACCCAUCUUCGGCCACCACCUCCGCCACCGCCGAGCUCCACCGCUUUACAACUUUGGACAGCUCAAAAUGGAACCUUAUUAACAACAAACAAACUACUUUCUACUUACCAAACUCCUCCUCAACAACCUCCUACUCCUCUUACUCAUCUUCUCACCCAACUAUCACUCUUGACCUCACUUCCUCCAAUUCCUCUCCUCUUCUCAAUAAAUUUUCAACCACAACAACACAAUCCCCAAACUACCCUCAUCACCACCACACUCUCUAUCCUUCUUCAAGUCUAAGCUUUGGUCCCCCUUCUAAUAAUAAUAUCAAUUCUUCUGAUCAAUACUCCAAUUCCAAUUUGUCAUGGAUUAACAACAACGGCUUCCUUAAUUAUGGAUCUUCUUCUCAAGUACUACCUUACAACACAAGGAACCAAUCACUUGGAACCCUAGCUACUCUUUCAAAUAAACAAAACCCUAGUAGUACUACUACUAGUUCCACUCAUCAGGUUCAAAACUACAAAAACAGUCCCACUGUUGCUCCAACUGAUCAAAGCAGCACCACCAUUGCUGCAGCAACCAAAGCGAUCACCGCGGACCCUGCUUUCCAAUCAGCUUUGGCUGCCGCACUUACUUCCAUUAUCGGCGGUGCCAGGGGAGGAGGAGGAGAUAAUAAUAAUAAUAACGUUGAUUUAGCUCAGAAAUUAACGUGGGGUAGUGGUACUUCUUGUACGGAUCAUUAUCCUCGUAACCAACAACAACAACUACAAAGUAGUAGUAGUUUACCGAAAGGAAUUAAUGGUGGAAACUUGACGUUCUUAUCGCCAAAUAAUUCGAUGUCGUUUUCUUCGGCAUCUAAGAGUAGUACAACUGCUACUACUGCUUCUGCAUCUCCGCAUAGCGAUCAUCACACCACAGACCAGACCAGUUAA